GGGACAGAGUGAACUGGAGAUACCCACUUUGGGAAGGCGGUGGAGGUGGGGAGAAGGAGGAGAUGGUAGCUCCCAGGACCCCAGUGGGCAGUCUCCUCCCACCGCAGGGCUGCGAUCACGUGAAAUGAAUCAGCAGUGGGGCGGGGCGGGGCUGGGGGGGCCGGGGGGCGGGAUCGGGCGGGCUGAGCUGGGCGGGGCUGGAGAUAAAUACUCUUACCCAACCAGACUGCUGCGUGAGUUGCAGUGGUGUGGUCUAGUUGUUUUCUGAGAGCUUCUGAGCGGCAUUGGAAGGACGGGUAAAUUAGGAGUCCAUUCCUCAAAAUGUGGCGGUUCUUGGCCACCCUGUGUUGCCUGGUCGUACUGACCAGUGCCAAGAGCAGAUUAUCCAUUCCUCCUCUAUCAGAUGAAAUGGUCAACCACAUCAAUAAGCUCAACACUACAUGGCAGGCUGGGCACAACUUCCUUAAUGCAGACAUGAGCUACGUAAAGAAACUCUGUGGUACCUUCAUGGGUGGAGCCAAGCUACUACCUCAGAGAAUGAUACUGGCUGAUAAUAUGAAGCUACCAGAAAACUUUGAUGCCCGGGAACAAUGGCCAAACUGCCCUACUAUCAAGGAAAUAAGAGACCAGGGUUCCUGUGGAUCUUGCUGGGCAUUUGGAGCUGUGGAAGCUAUUUCUGACAGGAUCUGUGUACACAGUAAUGGAAAUGCUAAUGUAGAAGUGUCUGCUGAGGAUCUGCUUAGCUGCUGUGGAUCUGAAUGUGGGGAUGGCUGUAAUGGCGGUUUUCCUGCUGGAGCUUGGAAUUUCUGGACUAAAAAAGGCCUUGUAUCUGGUGGUCUCUAUGAUUCCCAUGUGGGCUGCCGACCUUAUUCCAUCCCUCCAUGUGAGCACCAUGUGAAUGGCUCCCGUCCUGCCUGUACUGGAGAAGAGGGCGACACCCCCACGUGCAGGAAGAAGUGUGAAGAGGGCUAUUCUACUCAGUACAAGGAUGACAAGAACUACGGAUCAACCUCCUAUAGUGUACCUUCAAGUGAGCAGGAAAUCAUGGCUGAGAUCUACAAGAAUGGCCCUGUGGAGGGAGCUUUUAGUGUAUAUGAAGACUUCCUACACUACAAGUCUGGAGUAUACCAGCACGUUGCUGGAGAGAUGCUUGGAGGUCACGCCAUUCGAAUCCUUGGCUGGGGUGUGGAAAAUGGAAUCCGUUACUGGCUGGCUGCCAACUCCUGGAAUAUUGACUGGGGUGAUAAUGGCUUCUUUAAAUUCCUCCGUGGAAAGAAUCACUGUGGAAUAGAAUCUGAAAUUAUAGCUGGAAUUCCCAGAACGGAUCAAUAUUGAAAGAAGAUGUAACCUACUGUUAUUUGCCUAACUAUCAAUAGCCCUUUGUGACUUUUAAUCUUUCGAAAAAGAAAAAAAUCUUGGGAAUGGGAAGAAGGUGAAUGUGGGCAAAUGAAUACUUUUAAAAGACUUAAAUUGGACAGAUGCUCUUUUAUUUACCUUUUGUUUAAAAAGGAAGUUUAAGGAGAGGAUUUAGAUAAAUCAUUGGGCUUUGAAAAUUUGGUUGAGCUGAAUUCUUGUGGGGUCAGCCAGCUCCAUUGAUAAUAACAUAGAUAAAUACUUCUUGAUCUGACUCCAACUAAUAAUGCAUGCCAUUUCAGUUUUAAGUAACUCUGUGAAUAGCACAUAGCACUGCUGGUAAACAGGCUGUGUAAUACACUUGAGACCCAGGAUGCUUUCUUUUAAAAAGGCCUUUUUUUCCAGGGGUGUCUCCCAAUUCCUGUUAUCUUGACUCCUACAAUUCCCCUCAACAUUCAUCUUUUAGGAACCUGAAGUCCAGGAACCAACAAUGAUUGAAGGAGUGGGGGGAGGAGUGUUUUCUCCCACAGGAAUAGGGAUGGGUUUUUUGUUUUGUUUUUUUAAUAUUUUGACUUAGGAAGGAGGCAAAGACAUUCUCAGAAAUUGACUUGGCUCCCACUUGUUAGGGGUAGAGGGAGGUAGAGUUGGGGGGGGGGGCACAAAAUGUUAGAAUCCUAUUCUGUCCCAGUUCUCACUGGUAAAAAUCCUAUACUAUGCUUACUUCUCCUUAGGCCACUUUUAGUGCCAGUUAGCCUGAAGCUAUUAAAGCUUUGCAGUAUUGCACAUGCCCUUGGGUCUUUUCUGGGGUGAUAAAAAAAAAUAGAUUUCUCUAUUUUUGUUUAAUGUACCUUGGUUGAUCAUACAAAAGAGUAGCCAGGAUCCCUUUUACUCAAUAGAAACCUGUGCCUGUGGUUUUAAAAGAAAAACAGUAAUCCCUCUUCUGAUGUUCUUGGGGACAGUAGAGAAGGAGCAGGAUUAUGGUUCUGUCCACAGGAGAAACAAGAUUUUGUUGUUCUUGGGAAAUCACUGCUUUACCUUGUCAUGCAAUUUAAUCUCAGUGUUGAUUUUAGUGACUAAAUGGAAUCCAGAACCCUUGUGCCAAUAAAAGAUUUCUCCUAAA